GCCAUUUCGAAGAAAUUCUAAAGAAGCUGUGCACGUAGCGUCCGUUAACGUAAAACGUAUACCGUGUUUGAAGUACAAAACUGUGACUGUGAUUGUUUGAGACUUAAAACGCUAAGAAGAAAGCAAAAUAGUAAACAAUAAAAGAAAGAAAACAGCAAGUUAAUAACAUCUAGUUUAAUAGAAGCUUCAUAUAUCGUGACGCCGGUACACAAAGGAGUAAGAGAAGAAUCAUGUCUCUGCUACCUAUGUUAUUCUCCAGUUGGUGGGAGAAUUUGGAGAGGCCCCAUCGUCUCUUCGAUCAGCAUUUUGGAUUGCCAUUGACUGCUGAUGAUUUGCUGCCAUCUUCUGCAUUGGCACCUUACGAUGCCAACAUUAUGGUACUUAGACCUCGUCGUCGUAGUCUUCAAAGAUACCAUCCCUACGAGAGAAGCCUAGAUCGAAGAUCUAGUGGAUUGUCUACACUACAAGCGGAUAAGGACAAGUUCCAAGUGACUUUGGAUGUACAACAAUUUGAUCCGGAAGAAGUAACUGUAAAAGUUUCUGGGAAAAAUGUAAUUGUCGAAGGCAAGCAUGAAGAGAAACAGGACGAGCAUGGUUGGAUCUCCAGACAAUUUGUACGAAAGUACCUGGUACCGGAGCAGUGUAACAUCGACCAGUUGGAAUCAAAACUGUCCUCCGAUGGAGUCUUGACUAUCACGUGUCCAAGGAAGGAACUUGAAUCAGGGGCAAAGAAUGAACGAAUCAUUCAGAUUCAGCCUACAGGACAGCCAGCUUUAAGGGAUGAUUUAAAGUCAGUAGAAAAACAGAAGGAAGCAAAUCAAACACCACAGAAGUCUUCCAUGCAGCAGAGAGGACAAGAGCAGACCGUUAAAGCUGCUUAAGAAGAGAAAUAUAUUUCAAUUACAUUGCAGCAGCAAGCAUCUCUUCUGUUUUACAGUAUUCUUUCAGUUCAUUUUUCAUUUUGAUAUUAUUACCAUAAAGCAUUUGUAUUAAUUUUAUAAUUGUACGAAGAAUAAGCAUUACUACUUGUCGUUCUCUAUGUUCCUUUAUAGUUAUAAACCUAAAAGAAUUUUAAGGACUUUCAAAACAUUUGUAACAAUGUGAAUUAUUUUUUAUCAUUUGAUUAUAAUAUUUAAGAUUAGUAUGUUCUAAGAUGUUUUGUAAUAAAAGAUAAUUUUUUUGUAUAA